CCGUAUCCGCAGUCAUCAAUUUCAAUGCCGGCCGUCGCGUCCGUAUAAUGGGGACGUCGGGACGCGUGCCGUGUUCGUAAAACUUGCGUGCAGUUAGUGUACGGGUUAUAACUUGAAAUUUUCUAACGGAAGGAACGAUAUUAGCAAUGGCAUGCUGGGUUCGUUCUCCGGAUGGGAAGUUCGACAUUACCUUGAUGAUUCCUAGAAUGUGCGUCACUCUGCUUUUCUCUCGAAGAGUCUUGGAACACCGUACCUAAGCUGUGGCGGAACGACGCCGUACCAACAAAAAAUGCGAUUUUUGUUAGUGCAAAUAUUUUACUACGUGCUUGUCACUGAAUAUAUUCAAGCAACCGGUCUGAAGUGGGUGAGGGUGAACGUUCCCCAAUACCGUUCUCCUGGAGAAUCGGCCCAAUUACUUUGCGAUUAUGACUUGGGCAACGAUACACUGUAUUCGAUCAAAUGGUACAAGGACCACGAGGAGUUCUACAGAUUUGUCCCGAUGGCACGACCGCAGGCGACUAGUUACAAGAUGGAAGGCAUCUUCGUAGAUAUGGGGUUAUCCGAUCGAAAAAAGGUCGUUUUACGAACGGUGAAUUUAAAAAGCAGCGGAUUGUAUCGAUGCGAGGUGUCCGCGGAAGCGCCAUCUUUUUCUUCGGCCCAAAGCGAAGCGCGAAUGGAAGUCGUAUCACAUAAUUUAGAACGGCGGCGUAUUUACAUUCGCAUCAAUUUCGCUCUAUUUACCUACGUCGAGGAAAUAGCGUAUUGUUGCAGCGCCGGAUUUAAACCAAAAUCGUUUCAAUGA